UAGGCUUUCUGGCGUAUGAGAUCACCUUCUGGUCUCCUCCCCGCAGAUGCCCAGCGUGUCCUCUCCAGAACUGACCAUGUCCUGCAAGGGGUGCACCUGACUGUCCAGCCCGCUGCUCCUCGGGAUUAUGGGAAGGUGGUCCUGCGGGGCCUGAACCCCCAAAGCAGCCUGGAGUUGGUGGAGCUCUACGUGGAGCGCAUGCUGGAUUGCGGGAGGGAGGAUUACGCCAUCCACCGUAGCCCUGCUGGGGACCAGGUGCUGGUGCAGCUGCAGGCGGCGCUCGGCCACGCAGAGUUCUUGGCGCUGGCGGAUCGUGUGCAAAGCCGGGAGCUGGACGGGGCCAGCCUGGUGCUGGACUGGGUGGAGCAGACGGAUGGCGUCCUUGUUCGGAGUCGUGACGGCAGCCGGCUGCGGCAGGAGGUGCUGGAGCUGUACUUCGAGAGCAGGCGGAGUGGCGGGGGCCGCGUGCAGGCCGUGAGGCUGCUCCCGGGCGGUGCGCUGGCCGUGGUCUCCUUCCAGGACUGCACGGCAGGCCUGAGAAUCCCUUGGAAACGGAGCACACAAGAUGGCUUCAUUAUGUCAGUGGAAAGGGUGCUGAAGCAGCCCCAUCAGCUCCCGGAUGGCUGCCUGGAGGUCUCCCCCCACUACGACUUCCUGGAGCCCCCGGCGGGAGCAGAAGAGCUGCAGGCCGGAGGAGCCGGUGGAGUCUUGUCCGCCACCUUUCCUGUCCUGGAAGCAGCCGCGCAGCAACUGCUGCAGUCGAAGGUCGUCCUGUGGGAGCUGGGGGCCUCUGCCCCCGAGUGCGUGCUUCGCUGGGACGAGGCUGGGCUGCACGUCUCGGGCGGGGAUGCGGCUGGUCGCCAGCAACUGUGGGAGCGCAUCCAGGCGGCCUUGCGGGCGGUGGCCCGGGAGCGGCUGGCCUCCUCAGCCUGGGCCCUUGGCUUCCUGCAGCGGGCAGACAUCCAGGGGCACCUGAGGGAACGGCUUGCUGAGCGGGGGGUGGGCGCCUGCUACAUUCCCGCCACGGAGGAGGUGCUGGUCGUGGCUCUGAAGCCUUCCGCGGCCCAGCUGGCCGCUUCCCUCCUUGACUCCUUUCUCGUCUCCGUCUCCCUGCCCUUGUCCGAGCGGCAGCUGCUGGCCUUGGCGUCCCCCCGCUGGGCCCAGGUGCAGGCGGGACUGCGCUGUUGCCUGGUGCGCUUGGCUGAGGAUGGGGAGCACCUGGAGGGCCUCACCCUGCCCGGCCUGGUGGAGGAGAACGUGGCUGAGCUGGAGCGGUUCCUGCAGGACUGCCUGCCCGAUGAGAUCCUGGUGACCACGGAGCCCGGCCGUCUCCGCUACCUUCAGCUCCAUCGCCAGGAACUGCUGGCUGGCCUGGCUGAUGUCACGCUGCUGCCCCUGGAGGGGGCCGAGGUCACGGGCUUGCGGCUGAGUGGUGAAUCUUGGGCCUGCCGAGCAGCAGCCGACUUACUCCAGAGCCUGCUCCGCGCCAUCCGUGUCCAGACCAUGACGCUGCAUCUGCCUGGCGUGAGCCGCUUCCUGCUGGAGGAGCGUGGCCAGGCCGUCCUGGGGGACCUGGAGAGGCAUUUCCGCUGUGUCUUUGGGCUGGAGCGUGUCCGUUGGUGCUGCCCAGAGACCCAGCACGAGUUGGAAAUGUCCCAGGAGCCCGUGGCCCUCGUGUGCCAACGAGAUUUCCCGAAUGGACUGAAACCGCAGCCAAAGGGCCCAGCCGGCGUGGCCCACGAGCAAAGCAAAGCUAGCCUGGGCCUGCUUUGUGCUGCUGUUGCCCCUGCUCAGCUGGGUCCCCCCUCUCCCAUUACAGAAGAAAUCAAGGGCCUGCUGUCUGCCCUGCAGCCUCCUGGGGUUGCCCCUCCUGCAGAGGAGGACAAGGAUGAGGACAUCUACACAGCCCCUGAGCCAUUGGUGGACGCCUCUCGCAACUUGGGCAGCCUGGGUGCAACUGAAGAAGGCCGCCUGCCUGUGGGAGGCCCAGCUCUGAGCAUGGCAGUGGAGGAGGAGGACGAGGCACAGAUGCUCCUGGCCAUCCAGCAGUCCAUGGACAGUGCCCGGCAGGAAGAGGAGGAGCUCCAGCGUGCCACGGAGCUCUCUCUGCGCUCCUUCAAGCAGGAGCAGGCGCCCAGUCCAGAUCCCGUAGUCCUGUCCGUCAUGAGCGCCUCUCUGGAGGCAGCGGCUUCAGCUCAUCUGGAGGUCUACACCGCCUUGGAGGAGGACGCGGAGGCUGUGGUGCAGGCACUGGAGCAUGCUCUAGGCAUGCAGCUGCGGGAGGAAACAGUGCAGAAUGAGGCCUUGGUGUCCCUGCCCGCUCUCUGCCUCGACUACUUGACCCAUCUGGAGAGGAAGCAUGCAGUACGCAUCUCGCUCGCCGGCUCGGUGGCCACUGUGUCGGGUUUCGUGGACUACCCUGUGGCCGCCACCCGAGACCUCGCCCUGCUGCUGGCCCGGUUGCUGCAUGUGGAGGCGUCCGCAGGCGUUGGGGAUGCCCGCUGGGUCCGUUGGGAGCCUUCGGAGCAGGGCUUUCCCACCCCCUAUUCAGCUCAGGCCAGCGCCCUACUGGAGGAAGCGUGGCGCCGUGGUCACAAGCGUGUGGACGUGUUUUUCGACGGGCGGCCCUUCACUGUCAAUUUCGAGCAGAUGGAGGAGUAUGACAUUGGCAACACCCGCACUCUGCCCAUUGGCCGCACGGGCCCCCCGCUGCCCCUCAUUUCCCCAGCUCUGCUUGGCCCCCCGGCCAAGGGUGAGGUGAAGCUGCUUCCAUUGACUGAGCGCUCAGAGGAGUUUCAGAGGACCGUCCGCAGCUUCUGCGACACACUGGGUGACCUUCACAGCAAGCUCUGGAUCGCCAAGUUGGAGAAGGUGAUGCACCCCCUGCUCUACCAGCAGUACCAGCUGAAGAAGGCUGCCAUGGAGAAGGCCUGUGGACAUCAGGCAGUGGAGCGGAUCCUGUACCACGGCACAACAGAGCGGUCCAGCCACGAGAUCUGCCAGCAUGGCUUCAACCGCAGUUUUUGCGGCAAGAACGCCACGCACUAUGGCCACGGGGUCUACUUUGCGGCGAAGGCAUCCCUCUCAGCGCAGGACCGGUACUCGCCCUGCAACCCCGACGGCGACAAAUACAUCUUUGUGACCCGGACACUGGUCGGGGACUACACCACAGGCAGCCCGGGCCUGCGGGCCCCCCCUCUGCGGGAGGAGGACUCUGCCCUCCGGCGGUACGACAGCACGGUGGACAGCCUUAGCAGCCCCUCCAUCUUCGUCAUCUUCAACGACACACAGGCUUACCCUGAGUUCCUCAUCACCUGUCGGUGGUCGAAGAUGCCCUGAGUGGACCUGGAGGGGAGGUUCCCCGCGUCACCCCAUCACCGCUCUGGGGCAGGACGGCCUGUUUUCUGUGGGGAGGAGGGCGUGAGCAGGAGACUUCCUGGGCAGGCCAGGCUGGCGUCUGCCAGAGCAGAAAUGGGAGGGCAGUGGGCCACUGCACUGGGAGUGGGGAGCGGUUCACGGGGGCAAAGUUUGCACCUGGAGGUGCCCACAAUAAACAGCCAGACAGUA